AUGUCUUGCUCUGCCCUUUCUCUAACACUAGGCAUCCUAAGCAGUUUGGUCUUUCCAGAUGUUAGUACUGUCAAACUUCCACUUGCUGGCAACAUCAACAGCAAUACAAUCACAAGAAGAAUAUUUUUAAAGAGCAAUGAAGAUCUUCCCCGAAGUCUGGAAAUGGAGGACGCCACACUGAGCAUGGCUCCAAGCAGCAGUGGCAGAGUAAACUCGCCUACCAUCCUUCGCCUACACCCACUCUUGGCAAAAUCAGCGCAUGCUCAUGCCAACCUGCCUCUCCGCUUUGGCCGUGACUCCGCACACAUGCAAAGGAUGCCCAAGACUUCCAUCAACCUACCGCAGAGGUUUGGUCGCUCAGGAAACACCAAGCCUAUCUCUGGUCUGCAGUGUACAAUGUGCCGCCGAACUGAGAGUCCACCUUCAGCCACACUUCCUCAGAGAUUUGGCAAGCGGAACCUUUUGCUCGGCCAUCCAUUUCGUGCAGAAGCUGUGUUUGCACGCAACGUUGAGAUGCCAUCACUUAAAGACAGGACACCAUACCAUGACUACAUGACUGAAAUGGUUGAAAAGGAAGAUAAAGCUUUAAAGAGUAAAACAUAUAUUGAUGUAGAAAUCUAAGGAAAUCUAUUACAAACUGACAUGUGUCUGCAAAAUUCUGUGCCUGUUUAAUCUGUUUUCUUAAAGUCUGUAUAUAUUUGCACGUGUCCACUUGUGAUGUGAUGAAAAGUAAAUUUAGAAAUGUACACUUGAGUGCUGACUGAGCAUAUGUAGCUGUCAGCACCAUGGACAGCACCAUAUGAUAAUAACCUCAAUAAUUAGAAAUUAGUAAAUAAAAAUUUAAUUAUAAAUAAAUAAAUGAAUAAAUAAUGUUUUUG